AUGACCAAUGACCGCACUCAUGAGUCAAUGAACAAUUUUACAAUAUCGAGGCUUGGAGUUCUGCUAAAAACGUACCGACCCUGGUACAGGUGCUCUCAUCGCCGUGGCAGACUCUGGGGAUCGUGUGGUCCGGACUCCACCGUCACCGAACAAGAUGAUCUCAUACCGCCAAGUUCUGAAGAAAACACACGCGGAAAUGUAUUUCAACAAUCUACUACAUUGACAGCAAAAAUGUGGCCUCCUGAUAUUUCGGGAGGUUUCGAUUGGACCUUGGAUGUUUUGGGAUGGCAAGUGGACAAAGAUCAAUUGUCAAUUGUUAUAGCAUGUGCUAUUGUCAUUAUAGUACUUACUUCAAUAACUAUUGUGUUUUUAAUUUGGUAUUGUUGUUUUUGUAAAAUAAAAAAUGUACAAAACAGUUGUGAUGAAGAAGAACAAAGAAGUAAUACCAACAUACCUAGUUACUCCACUGUAUUCCUAGACCCCAAAACUGGAAGUUUUAUAUAUAGUAACCGUAUCGUUGAGUUGUUUCCUGAAAGAGAAGGUUCUCCCGAUCAUUGGUUUUUCAAUGAUCAAGGAGAUGAACCUGUAAAUACGAAUACAGUACCACGUUCAGCCUCCGUACCACCAGCAAAACAACUUCAGUCAUUUGAUCCUUGUAUACGUGAAAUAAAAGAAUUUAUUAGCAAUGAAACAUUUGACGUACCUAAUUUGCAUUAUAUUGACAAUGAGACACAAAAUGACCCUUGCCAUUUGCCAAACGCUGUACCUCAGAUCUCUGAAUUUAAUCCUCAUCAAUUUACUUCCAGCAGCAUUUUGGAAAAUUGCCAUACAUGUGAUGGAAAAUCUAUAACACUGCGAACAAGAAGUCUUCCUACACAUGUGAGAAACAAGAAACGGCCAUUCUCAACAUCUGACAAUUUAUCAGAGCUUUAUGCUAAGGUAAAUUUUAGUAAAAAAAGGAAAAAUCGCAUGAGAAACGAUGAAGCUGCCAUAAUUGCUAUGAGUAAAUCCAGGAGCCAGUUCCUCAACAACAAAGACACAGAUAUAUUGGUUGACAAUGAAGCAGUGAUUGUUUACGAUGAACGAACUGCUUUAUAA